UCCUCCUCCUCCUCCUUCUUUUUCUCCCCCUGGCCGCGCCGGGCGCCCCAGCUGCGGCCCCCUGGCGAGGGGCCCGCAGGCAUGUUGCCGCUGGGGAUGCCGCUCCCCGUCGCUGCGGCGAUCACCCCCGAGAUGCAGUGCAAGCUCAACUGCGUCAAAUGGUGCAUCAUCGUGACCUACACAUGCGCCGUGGGCCGCUUCAUGACCCUAGACCAUUUCGGGAGGCCAUUAACGACCUGUUCGCCGCCCUCUUCGGCACCUUCCUGCUGCCAGAGGAUCGGCACCUGUCGUAUUGCUACCGCGCCCUGUCCGACUCGCCCCUGGGCAACGUGAGCGACGGCGG